UGUCAGCUCAUAAUAAUAUUAAUAUCAGCACUGUUACUAAUAUUGAUAACGGAGAUGAGUGCAGAGCAGCCGGUGGCUCGGGAGAGGAGCGGACACACGGCGGCGGCGGACGGACAGUAUCUGUAUGUCUGGGGCGGUUAUGUGUCGGUGGCAGAUCAUGAAGUUUUUCUUCCAAAUGAUGAGCUCUGGCUGUACGACUUAGAAAGUGGGUUAUGGGAAUGGCGGGACAUGUGUGGGACGGUUCCUCCGGCGAUGUCUGGGACCUGCGGCUGCAUUGUGAACGAAGAGCUGUUUAUAUUCGGCGGCUGCUGUGAUGAUGGACAAACUAAUGAACUUUACUCCGUCGACCUGCAGGACGAGAGGUUCAGCUGGAGGAGAGUGACGCUUCGGUCCGGAUCGCUGCCGUCGCCACGAGAUAAACUCUCCUGCUGGGUUCAUGAAGGAAGAAUCAUCUACUUUGGUGGAUAUGGCCACAAACCGCUGAGUGCAAUCCACGAUCCGAAGAGCUUCAUUGUGGAUGAAGCAUCAUGGGCCGAGGACAUCUUCUGGGGAUGGAACAAUGAAGUUCAUGAGUUUGAUCCGGAGAGAAGCAGCUGGACCGAACCGCAGACCUUCGGACGAGCUCCUCCCCCGCGAGCCGCUCACGCUAGCGCUAGCAUCGGCAGCAAAGGCUACGUGUGCGGUGGAAGAAUAAAGGAAACGAGAACAAGUGACGUGUUUUGUCUGGAUUUAAAUUCAUGGACGUGGUCAGAAAUAGUUGGGUUGGGUCUGGCGCCUGUGGGACGCUCAUGGCACACGCUAACAGCCGUGUCGGACUCGUCUCUCUUUCUGUUCGGAGGACUCAGUGUGGACUGCAGACCCAUGAGUGACGGCUGGAUGUUUAAUCUGGAGACAAAAGGAUGGACAAAGAUGGAGCAUCAAAACAAGGCCAAACCGCGGUUGGUGAAACAUGCAGAAAUGAGAUGGACAGAACAAGAUACCCAGGCUGUGGCACACCGCGUGUCAAGGAAGAGACUCGGAUGUUAUAGUGUUUGGAGGAAGUCACGAUUAUAUUCUUUUAGUGGACAAAGGCCACUGCAACGACACGCUGGUGUUCCAGACGCAGCCGCAGCCGCUGAUACGAUUGUGCCAAGACUUCAUCGCAAGCCGUGCCAGCAGCUUUCAGCGCCAGAUCCUCCGUUUACCUCCAAAACUGAGAACCGCUGUGCAGAAAAGGACGACUUUCUUCAGGCCGAGCAGAAACUCACAGAACGUGUAAAACUGUGGAGUGAUUUUUAGUAUUUAAUUUGUUUAUAAGCUUUGUUUAAUAUUGUUAAAAGAUUUAUAUUCAGUAUUUUAACAUUUGAAA